AUGGGUCGCAUACGUCAAAAAGCUCGGGCUCUCUGCGCCAUAGUUUUUGCCACAUAUCCCGAGCUAUUCGAACAACCCAUCUGGCAAGAGCAUAUGGGAUUCCAAGGAUUCGAUGGUACCAAUAUUCGCCAUAUCCACAAUGCAGACCUUCCGCACAUCAGGGAGUUUUUGGAGCACAUCAAGGACCUUCCUACCGAAGACGCCAUCGUCGCCGUCAAUUCAUCAACAGACGAUACCCAUUCCAAAGGCCGUAAUGCUUAUACGAAAUGGUGGAUGGCCAGCGGCUUCAUCCGGAGACUCAACGAGUCACUCAAGCGGGGACUCGCUCGUGCCGAUGUCAACAUCAAGGCGAUGUACCGUUUCACUGCCAAGAAGACAAAGUUCGUCACGAUCGGCCAAUUCAGCCUGAAGGAGGCGGAAAUCGCGGAAGCGAUGUUUGGCAGCGCUUAUGAGGAUCGAGAAUCCGGUUCUGCACGUGAAGAAUUCAGAAUGCUAUUACAUUUCUUGCUCACCGAGUAUAUUAAUGCUCGUCGUAAGGAUCAACAAAAGGCCGUAGUGUUGAGGGCUGCCGCUAAGAAGGAAGUUGAUGCUGCGUGGAAAGCAUUCGAUAAUCCUGAUACUAGCAUCAAUGCCAAGCAAGGAAAGGUGAUCCUUCUUGCUCUUGAGAAGUAUGAAAGGUUUAUCGGGUGGGAGGCUACCGAUGCGGAGAUGCUGGAGUGGGCGGAGCAUGAAAGGAUGAAGGGUUUGUUUGAAAAAGCACUUGUCAAAACGGAAACCGAUGAGAAGGAGCUGAAAAGACGCAAGAAGAGCGCACAAUUCAUUACUGGUCGACUGUCCGGGAGAAACCUAGCUAUUACCGCCAGUGAAAAAGAAAUCGAAUCGCUUCAAACGGAGUAUACUAGCCGACUCGAAUCUAUAGAGGACUUGAGACAGAAUGAGGAGGGAGAGCGUAAUGACAUCGACGUUAAUCCCGGCCUUCCUGCUCAUCCCGCACUUAUCGGAUUCGAUCAGUGGAUGGCUUGUGGUGAUCUGGGAGUCGAGGCUUGGGCAAAGACCUCUUAUGAACAGCUGCGGGAGAUGCUGCGGUGGCCGCAGGGUCGUCCUGAAGAAUUCAACCAGUUCCUGAACUCCUCGCUUGUGGAUUAUUGGGAUGACGAGAACAAGGAAUAUCUGAAAAAAAUUCCCUCGGAGGGCGACGCCGAUAACAAGGUUAUCACCCUGAUGUGGCACCAGCUGGUUGGUAUCACCGCUUUGGUGAACAUGUUCUGGACCGCAGAGGAGAUCCCCGAAGGCGUCCCUGGUGCCCUUCUCGCUGAUGAGGUCGGUCUUGGAAAGACGGCGCAGAUGAUGGGCAUCAUCGCGUUUAUUAUAGCCACGCGUCGAACGCAACUAAGCAAGAAGAAGCUUCCCAAUGUGAUUGCGAACCUCCCCUUUUUCUGCGGGAAGAAGCAGAUACCGAACGCUCCGCAUCUUAUUUUGGUGCCAACGACGCUACUUGGGCAGUGCUAUGUUGAGUUGAAGAGGUGGUUCAGACCCCACAUUAUCGAUAUUUUUGUCAUGCCCACGAUGGAGAAAGCCUGGGCGGAAUUUUUCGAGGGUAUAGACAAAUCACUGCAAGACCCGUGCCACAUAGUCAUUGUCGCAAGUCACAGCACUAUCAGCCAAAUGGCACGCCGUAACCUGUCCAUUAGCAGCACGAAAACUCCCAUGGCCAGCGUUUUGAGGGAGGACCGACACAACGGGAUGGAUUAUGCGCCAUUAUGGUCCCGUGAGUUCUGCUCGGUCAUCGUAGACGAAGGUCACAAUUUCCGGACAACGAACGUUGCAUAUCAUGGCCUCAAUCGGAUCAUGGAAAAAGCUUUUGUCAGGAUCAUAGCCACAGCGACACCGCUCUAUCAGUCGCCUCGGGAUCUCUGCAACAUUGGGCGUCUCCUUCGUAUUUCCGCAUUCCUGGGCGAGAAAGCGGAAAAUGCAGAGGCGGAAAUGAUUCGCCAGAUCGCAAAACUUCGGCGAGAUGUCACAAAGGAAGGUAGAGACAUCGUGAUUGCGUACAAUAACCGCCUUAUGCAUGGAGAAAAAGUCAAAAGUCCGUUCGAGGCGGCGUAUAAGAAAAGUGCCGACUGGGUGACCGACAUCCAGUUCGGGUAUAAUGGUCGCAUCAUUCGUCGUGCAGUUACGUCCAAGCGAUAUCAAGGGAAUCCGGAAGAGGAACCAAAGGAUCUUCUCAGCGACCUUCCGCCUAGUGAAAAGAGAGACAUUCUAGUCCAUCUGACGGAUGCAGAGAAGCGCGAGAUGGAUGCAGAAAUGGAAAAAUGGUCCAAACGCAAGGAAGCGGGAACCACCGAGGUGGCAGAUGCGGGGGCGUUCUUGCUUAACUAUCGCCUUGCAGUCGCAUAUCCUCAAUCCCAGCGGGAUCCGACCUCCCUCUCUGCGAAGGGGAAAAAGAAGUUCCCUCCAUUUUCGUCCUUGGAAGAAUACCAGCGGUUUCCUGGUGCCAAACUUCAAACGUUAAUAAACAUUUGCAAGCAUUUUUUGGCGGGUGAUGAUGCACUGCCGCCAUACACCGACUCUACCACUAAACAAACUGUCUAUCCUGACUUUCCAGAGCUACCAUCAGGGGUCGUAAGGACAUAUAACAAGAAGCUUCUCGUGUUUCACGAGUUUCCCAUGCUUGACGACCUAAUGAAGUCGGCCUUGGAAUUGAACGGCAUCAAAGUCGGAUGUCUAAAUGGGACGAUGAGGAUUAAUGCGCGUCAAGAGAUUGUCCACGAAUUCAUACAUGGAAAUUCUUUCCGUGUGUUACUCCUUAGCCAAGUAGGGCACCAGGGUCUCAAUUUGAUGCGAGCGAGUAUCAUGAUAUCCUUCGACCUCACAUGGUCAAAGGUGACAGAACAACAAAAGGAGGGCCGUAUCAUAAGGCACGGACAGGAUAUGGUCGUUUACAUUUACCGUCUGGUUGCUGCGAACACGAUCGAUGUCUUAAUGGCCCAGCACGCCGGUGUAAAGGCUGAGCAACUAAAGCAAUUUUUUACCAAGCCGGAUAGCAAUCUAAAGCGCAAUAGAGAGGCUUUCCGUAUCAUAUUCCAAUGUGAUAUUCCCGCUGAUGCUGCUCCAGCUGCGGACGGCGACACUGACGACGAAGAAGAAGGUGAAGAAGAAGGUGCCGAUGAAGAUACCGCCAACGCACGCCCAGCAAAGAAGCAAAGAACGAACCUCGAUGCUGCCAAAUCCACCCAGACUCAUACAAAAGACUCCCCCAGACGCCGAAAGGGCCCCAUCCCGAAGGAUAAUAGUGCCGAGAAGGAUUCGAAUCAGAAGAAGAAGAGGUCACAGGCCAAGGAUAAAUCAGACGGGAAAGGUAAAGAUAAAAAAACCCCUCAGGCAGAACAUGAAGGCGAAGAUCAUCACGCAUCCCAACCCCCGAAGAAGAAAACAAGGCCAGAACAAUCCCAGGGUAAUGCUACGGCAGGAGCUCCGACAACAGAAGCAGAUCGUGGAGGGCCGGACACGACGCAGGGUGGCGAGUCAAGGGCGGAAUCGAGUUCGCAUAACUAACGCUAGGAUAUUCUCAGUGAUUCAAUGAAAGGUAUUGGUGCCAAUGUUUGAAUUUAAAGAAAUAUUCAUAUCAAAAUAUUUU